AGUCCAUGUGGGGUGUGUGGGGCCCAUGUGGGGUGAAAGGGGUCCACGUGGGGUGCACUCCCCACAAGCAAGGCUCAGUGGGGCCCAUGGGGUCUCUGGGGUUGGGUUCCCAAACCCCACCAAGGGCUUUGUGGGGCCCAUGCGGGGUCCGUUCCCCCCUGCCCCUCCCCAGCCCUGUGGGGUCCGUGGGGAUGCCCUGUGCCAGCAUCUCCCUCCGCAGAACCAGACCCCAAACCGACUCUUUCUGCCCAGUUUCUGUCUUCUCUUCCUCAGCUGUGCGGCACAGGACACGGGGCAGCGUCCCCCUCCCGCACUGAGCGUCCCCCCCACGCCAUCGCAGACCAAAGGCAGUAGAACAACUCAUUUCCCCACCAAGGAGCUGGUCCCUUCCCUUCAAAUGCCUGAAGUGGGGAGAGGGGCUCAGCACCUCCUUCUUGCACCCCGUGGGUCCCAUGCUGCCAUGACCCCAUUGCCCUCCACCCUGGUUAUGGGGGGAGAGGUCUCCUGGUUGCUGUCGUGGGGGCGAGGGGCCUCUACAGCCUUCGUGCACGCCCCGACUCUCACUGAUUCUCUCCUGCCCUUUUCUCCCCAGCUGACCUCUGCGGGCCGUGCCGGACGCGUCUCCGAGGGCUUGUUCCUGCUGGAGCCCAGUGAUCACCGCAGGGUGCUGGUCUCACCAUUUCCAGGUCCCCACGCUCCUCCGGUGACAGUGAUGAAAACCUGGGUCUGUGAUUCAGGGCAGAAACUGGAAAUUUUCAUCCCUUUUCUGGGCAAAUACCGGCCGCUCACGGGGCGCUGCUGCCAGACCUGCACCCCGAGGAGCUGGGAUGGCUUCUACCACGCGCAGCUCUCGUCCCUCGGCUUCCGCAGCGCCGCCCAGGUGACGGAGGAGGACACCAGGUACCGGGGCUGGCUGGUUCGGCGCCUCUGCUGCUUCCUGGCUGUCUGGGAGUGGAAAGUGCCCGCCGACACCCCCAGGGACCUCCCGGAGAGAGUCUGCCGCAGCCGCAGGGUACGGGACGUCGCUGCCGGCCAGGCCCGUGGCUCAGGGGGGGACAGCGAGUCCCGGCGGCGGUGGAAGGAGAAAGCCCUCGAGAUCCUGGCUGGGAUCCAGGCCCCGCUCUCCCUCCCCAUGCUCAGGUUGUGCAGCUGGGUCCUGCUCCGGCUCCUGAGCCGCCUCUUCCUCAGCGUGCAGCUCCACCGAGGGCAGCUGGAGAUGGUGCUGAGGGCUGCCACGACGCCCGACGUGCCGCUGGUCUUCCUCUCCACACACAAAUCCCGGCUGGACGGGCUGUUGCUCUCCUUCCUCUUCUUCUCCCAGGGCCUGGGGGUGCCCAGGGUGACGGUGGGCAGCUUGAACUGCAGCCCUCGCCUCCGGGCCUUGCUUCGCUGCCUGGGAGGGGUUUUCCUGCCCACGAGCGUGGAGCAGACAUCGAGCGGCCAGGAUGGAGGGCUCCCAGCUGCUGUGCUUGCCUCGCUCCCGCACGUCCCUGCGGUGCCACCAGCACCCCCGGCCUCACCCCCUCUGCUCCAGUACGUCGAGGAGGUGCUGAGGAGCCGGCAGCCUCUGCUGAUCUUCCUGGAGGAGCCCUGCGCCCCGCGGCGCCUUUCGGCCGCUGCCCACGAGUGGCUGGCCCCGGUGUACCGAGCCGUGCGGGACGGCGCCGUCCCCGAUGUCCUCCUGGUCCCCGUGGCCAUCGCCUACGACCUGGCCCCCGACAGCCUCCAGGGCAGCGGAGCGCACAGCGCUCGGCCCCUCAGCCUCAGCGCCUGCCUCGGGGCCGCGUGCCGAGCCCUGCGCCGACGCCUCGGCUGCGCCCGCGUGGAUUUCGCCCAGCCCUUCUCCCUGCAGGAGUUUGUGGCCAAAACCCUCCGCAGACAGAGCGGCGCGGAGAAGCCGCCGGAGGAGCUGCUGCUGCCCACCAUCCUCGGCACGCACUCCAGCCAGCUGCACAGCGAGAGGGCAGAGCCUGAGGGUCCGGCCCCUGGAACGGCUCCCGGCUCGGAAGCAGAAGACAAAAUGAUGGUGACCACGCUGGGCCUGCACGCCCUGAGCGACAGCGCCGCCUGCUCCGCCGUCACAGCCGUGGGCAUCACGUCCGCGCUGCUGCUGCACAAGCACCGCCAGGGUGUGCUGCUCUCCCGGCUCAUGUCGGACUUUGCGUGGGUCCUGGAGGAGACGCUGGUGCGCCAGCGCGACGUGGGCUUCUCGGGGCAGCUCCGUGCCCUGGUGUGGCACAGCCUGGCCCUGCUCAGAGCCCACGUCACCCUCUACCACCUCGCACCCCCUGGUGACAUCCUGGUGGUCCCUGAGGUCUCGGUGGAGGCGCGCUGGGAGCUGAGCCACCACAGCUCAGCUCUGCUGCCCGUCUUCGCCGGCGAGGCGGUGGGAGCCUGCGCCAUCCGUGCCCUGCUGCUGGAGGUGCUGCCCUUCCUGGGGGCGGCCGCCUGCCCCACCAGCAUCACGCUGAGCCAGGACGAGCUGCUCCGCAAGACCCUGGUGCUGCUCCAGCUGCUGCCACCCACACUGCUGGGGCUCCCGCCCUGCCAGCCCCUCGACCACCAGAGCCAGGACGUCUUGGACAAGCUCAUCCUGUGCGGGCUGCUGGAGGCGGAAGAGUCAGAGAACGAGCGCUGGCUGUGCGACCUGGCCCCGCGGCCCUUCAGCAAGGGGCAGCCCUGGGCCGAGGUGGAUUUCACUGACAGUGACAGCGACAGCGAGGACGUCUGCAAGCGCUGCUUCAAGCUCCGAGAGCCCGAAGGCUCGCCUGGCCUCCUCCUCUUCCUCUGCCGCCUCCUGAGCCCCGUGCUGGAGACCUACGCGCGAGUGGCAGCUUUCCUGGAGCAGCCCAGCUGGCCCCAGCCUGAGGCAGCCUGCGCGGGCGCGCUGCAGCAGUUCCUCGCGGAGCAGGACGGUUUGGGUGAGUUGGGGCCUGGCGGUGGGGAGCCCCCCACCCCUGCCGGGCUGUGGGGGGGAUUGGGGGGGCUCCCUCUUGGGGGUUUCUCUCCCUCCAGAGCGCCCCACCCAGAGCCUGGCGCUGAGCACGCUGCGGACCUUCAAGGAGAUGGGGGUAAGCGUGGCCGGGCUCUGCCCCCCGGCCCCAUCCCCAGCAGCCUCGCUGUGACCCCCCCCCCUCUCCCUCCCCAGGUGCUGGAGGAGGCGCCGAGCCCCGGGGGGGCCCUUCUGCACCUCGCCCAGCCCUUCCGCUCCUCCGAGGGCCGGGGGAAGCUGCGAGCCUUCAUCCAGCAGUUUGUGCAGCCGUAGCCCCCGGCGGUGCGGCAAUAAACCCAGCUGCGGGCGCAGAGGGAGCAGCACCCUCCUCCUC